GACUAAAACCUAAGUUCAAAAUGUUGUGGAUUUUGAGGCCUUUUACAGCACUGCUUUUUCUCGCCUAUUCACAAGCGGGAGAGGAUGAUGAUAUUCGAGCUGAAUCUGUAUGUCCCACACGUAUUCAUGUGGCUUCCCGGGAUGAGAAAGGCUUUGAGCUGAUGUUGGGAAUGAAGAUCCAUGAGAAGGCUAAGAAGAUACAGGGCUCAUUAGUGUCCGAGACAGCCUAUCUGCUAGACGAAUACAUCGAUGUUACCGAAAACACAAGGGACAUCUUUCCAGAAGGCCUUCCACCAUCCUAUGUGUUUGUGGCAACUUUGAGGUUGAGAGGACCCUCAAACACAGAAAAGUUUGAUGUGUGGAGGGUGCUGUCUAAAGAUGGACAAGUUCAAGCUGCUGUCACACUAAGUGGAAAUGAAAAAUCUGUCAGUUUCACAACCACCAACACGCUUAAUGGCCAACAGAUCAUUACUUUUGAUAGAGGCAUUGAGAAACUUUUUGAUGAAAGCUGGCACCAGUUGAAGGUUCUGGUUAGACCCCAAAAUGUCACCUUUUUCCUGGAUGACCAGCAGAUUCAGGGCAAAGCUCUGGAACCUGUUGUGCCCAUCUACAUCAAUGGGGAGACUCAGAUUUCCAAACGCUUUGAGUCUAAUGCUACACUUUCUAUAGAAAUCCAGAAACUGAGACUUUAUUGUGAUCCACAGCAAUGUGAGAGAGAGACAGCAUGUGAGAUCAUCUGCAUGGAUGAUGAAAGGGUGAGUUAG